GAUGGUUGGCGGCAAGUUGAAAUUGGAGUUGAUCGCUAAUGAAAAAAUCCGGCACAGAACUUUCCAAAAUAGACAAAAGGGUCUGAGGAAAAAAGUUCAUGAGCUCUCAACUCUAUGUGGUGUUGAAGCAUGUAUGAUCAUAUGUUGUCCUAAUGGCAACGGCACCUAUUCUUCUCAGCCCUGUGUUUGGCCUGAAAAUCACUACGAAGUUGAACGGAUAAUUAACAAGUACAUCAAUGAGAGGAAGAAAGAGAAUGGAAAGAGGACGGUGGAUUUAUCUGGGGUUCUUGAAAGCAGAAAGACGAGGGCCGAAUUUGAGCUCCAGAAGUUGCAGGAAAAAAAUGGCAAAACCAAAGGGCAGACUUCCGAGACUGGAUUGGAAUUGGAUGGGCUUUCCUAUGAAAAGCUGAUGGAAAUUGUUAAUAAGUUGGACAAGAAACUUGAGAGUGUGGAGAGUCUGAUUGAUUUGAAGAGGGGAGAAGCGGGUUUGAUGAGUGAGACUCUUGCGAACUGCCCUGAUCAUAUGCCGGGUUUGCCUACAGCUGAGCCAAUUGAUAUCCAUGUGGCCAUGGAUGACUCAGCCUUUCAAGGCUCUGAAAUGGUCUUGUAUGAUUUGGAUUUUCCUGAACUAAGUGAUGGAGGGGUUGAAUCUGAUUUGACCUGGACGAUGAUGAAUUUGGAGAAUAACGAAUGUCCAGAACUUGGAGGUGGAAAGAAAUCCAGCAGUGAGCUCCUGCACCAAAGUGAUCCAGCUCAUGGGAUGUUGGAGGAUAACACUCAUCCUUCAACUUCAUAUCAAAAGAUGGGGACUGUUCCUACCAUGCAAGGCACUGAAACGAUCUUCUAUGAUUUGGAUUUUGCUGAUCUAAGUAAUGGAGGGGUUGAGAUAAUGAUGAACAUGGAGAACAACGAAUACCCACAACUUGGAGGUGGAAGGGCAUCCAGCAGCGACCUCCUGUUCCAGAGUGAUCCAGCUCAUGGGAUGUUCCAGAAUAACAUCGAUCCUUCAACUUCAUAUCAGAAUAUGGGGACUGCUCCUACCAUGCAAGGUACGUCGGUAUCUUCAACUUCAUAUCAGAGUAUGGGCACUGUUCCUACCAUGCAAGGGAUGUCAGUAUCCGAGAAUACGAUGAUGUUUAACACCACUCCCACAAAUUCCCUGCCGCAGAUGGGGUUAUCUCAGAAUACGAUGCCCGACAUUGAUCAAAGCAUUUCUAUGCAGCAAAUAGCAGCGUAUAUGCAGUACCUCUUGGCAUAACUUCAUUUGUUGUAGGUUGAACUUCAAACAAUUUUUUGACGGUUGUUUGUUCUUUCAUUCUUGUGUCUAUAAUGCUCUGUACCAAUUUUGUUUACCUGUAUUGACACGGUUCAUGUACAGUGUUACUUACCAAUCAAUGAAAUAAAAAA